AUGCACAGACGCUCUUCUGCUGGGGGGCAGCAGCAAAUGCUGCUGAAGAGAGAAGCAUUAGAUGUCGCGAGACAAUACGAAGCCAAGGUUGAGGCGAAGCAGCGGGAGAUCGAGGGCCUCGCAGCAGCACUGAAGGUAGCGCAGCAGCAGCUGCAGCAGCAGGGGGGCACCGGUGCAACAGAUGCUGCUGCUGCUGCUGCUGCUGCAGCAGCAACAGCAAUAGCGACUGCAACAGCAGAAGCGCAGGAGGAGAAAGCUGCUGCUGCUGAGCUCAAACGGAGGGAGCAGCAGCUUCUGCAUCAGGUGGAGCAGCUGCAGCAGCAACUGCAGCAGCAGCAAAAGAAGCAGCAGCAGCAAAAGAAGCAGCAGCAGCAGCAGCAUGAGAUGGAGCUAGCAGCUCUCCGCGAUGAUAUCGCUGCGCUCACAGAGGCCCUAGAGAAAGAGAAAAGAGAGAGAAUGAAGCAGCAACUGCAGCAGCAGCAAAAGAAGCAGCAGCAGCAAAAGAAGCAGCAGCAGCAGCAGCAUGAAAUGGAGAUAGCAGCUCUCCGCGAUGAUGUCGCUGCGCUCACAGAGGCCCUAGAGAAAGAGAAAAGAGAGAGAAUGAAGGCUGAAGCUGUUGCUGCGGUGCAGCAGCAACGCGACGAAAAAGCUGCAGCAGAUCUGCGGGCCACAAAGGAGGAGUUGGAGGCAGAGGUGGCGGUGCUUCGGUUGAGGCCGUCAACAGAAGAAGUCGCAACCCUUCAUGAACAGCUGCGGGAGCUGCAGGAGCAGCUGAAUCCUCUGAAGGACUCUGAGGGCUGCGGGGAUCCGCGGCUGCUUAUGCGCUGCGACAAGGCGCUGCAGCGCAUGCAGCGGGAUACACUGCAGCAGCUUGUGAAGCGGUGCUGCGUGGCCUUUCGGUGUCUGCCUUCAAGUCUAUCGGGGGUGGCGCUGCUGCAGCAGCAGAACCAGCUGCUGCAGCAGCAGCUGCUGCGGGUGCUGCUGGCGCUGCUGCUGCAGUCUGUGCCCCCCACAGACACCGAGCUGCUGCGCAGCAUGAAGCGGAGGCUGAAGCAGCAGGGGGCCCCCAGGGUAGCAACACACUGCUGCAGCAGCAGCCUGCAGCAGCAGAAGCUGCUGUAUAUAGCCAGGGCCCUCACCAAACUCAAAUGCUAUGCUAAAACUCUUAGCAACUACACGGCGCUGCAGCGGCUGCUGCGGGACCUGGUGGGUUCUUCUGGCGGUUGUGUGGUGUCUGUGGAGGAGCAGCUGCAGCAGCAGCAGCAGCAGCAGCAGCAGCAAAUGCAGCAGCAGAAGCUGCUGUAUAUAGCCAGGGCCCUCACCAAACUCAAAUGCUAUGCUAAAACUCAGCAGCACAUUGAUCUGCUGCAGGAGGAGCCGUUUGUUGAGGACUUCUUCUCCCGCCUUGUCUGCUUGCAGCAGCAGCACGAAGCGCAGCAGCAGGCGUUGCUGUCAGCAGCAGCAGCAGCAGAUGCACAGGCAAUAUCAUCUCUGCGUCAGAUUGUACAGCAGCAGCAGCAGCAGCAGCAGCAGCAACAGCAGCAGCAGCAGCAGCAGCAGCAGCUGCAGCAGCAGCAAGAAUUUCUCAUAGAUUUAAAAACACGGCUUGGCUAUAAAACUAUCGAUGAAUGUAUUUCAGGUGUACAGGCAGCUCUCCGCCGCCACCGCCCCCUCGACGCUCUCUUUCGUUCUGUCUGUCAGCUGCUGGGGGUGCCCCGCAGCACAGCAACAUGCUCACAGGUAGAGAGAGAAGUGGUGCGGCUGCUGGAGAGCAGCAAGCAGCACGCGGAGAUGCUGCAGCAGCAGCAGCGGCUGAUAGUGCAGCAGCAAGCUAUCAUACUAAGCAGCAACAGCCUGGUUCCUGCUGCUGCUGUUGCUGUUGCAAAUGCACAGCUAGCAGCAGCAGAAGUUGCUGCUGCUCCCCAGCUUCAGCUAGCAGCAACAACAGCAGCACAGCAGCAGCAACCUCCCGCUGCAGCAUCAACAGCAGCAGCAGCAGCAGCAACAGCAGCAGCAGCAAGUGAUGAACACGUAUCUGCUGCUUCUAAGGAGACAGUUGCUCGGGUCCUCGGCGAGCUGCUGCAGUCUGCCAUUCACGGGCGUCCCCCAGUGAACGCAGCAGCAUAG